UGAUCCAGAGCAAGGCGGUCGUGGCCGUGAAAAUAGAAGAGCAGACCUGCCGAAAGUCACGCUGUUUUACCUGUUGCGCUAAUGCCGCAUAAAGAGUUAACAAGGGCCUGGAAGGAAGGAUCUCAAAAGAUGAUGGCAUUGUUUGAAACUGACAAGAUCUGCCUGGCUGUCCCUGGCUUGUUUGCGGUCAAAACUUCCUGUGAAUACUGAGUACCUGCCUCGUAAUGAGGCUCAGACAAGUGAUGAUUCAGAUGCCACCUGGGAGAGUUCUGAUGUGAUGUGAAAGCAGCUCCAUUCUGCAGCAGUACAAGGUGCACAGCCUCUUCCUCCUGCGUGGUCCUUGCACCCCUGCGGCAGAGGUUCACCUUUGCCAGGCUUGUCGUUGCUGCUCUAUCUGAGAACAAGCUACGUUCCUCUUCCACUUUAUGGAGAGACUGGAUCAUGCUGGGACAACUUGCCUCACAAAGCAGGAAGAGCAGUCCCUGUGGAGAUCGUGAGUCGAGCGGUACCCAGUGUUCACCACCAGACCAUGCUCCUUUGCUCUCCGGGGGUUGCCAGUUCAGAUGGAAACCACAGUGCUUCUGGAUGACGUUUUCCUCUCCUCCCAGUGAAUCAGCCUUUUAUUUACUCUUUGGAAUGCAAAGUAACAGGACACCCUAGGUGUGUUAAGCCUCGUCGUGCUGCUGCCGUAAUACCGUUGUGGCCACACUGAUAAAAAGAGACGAGCUGAGGAGGAAGAGGUGACAGCUUUUAUUUAAUGAACCGGCAUAGAUGAGAAGAAGCCGAGGCUUGCUUUGUUGCUGAGUAUUGCCACUACGAGUGGGAUAUGAACAACCUGGACGAAGGGGUGGAGUUCCUCCCUGCCAUGAACUCCAAGAGGAUGGAGAAGCGUGGCCCAAAGCGAUGGGUAGUCAUCACCAUCGUGCUUGUUGUUUUCUUACUCGUCUCUCUUGUCACUGGCCUCCUGGUUUGGCACUUCAAAUUCAGGAACGUGGCCGUUCGGAAGGUUUUCAAUGGCCACUUGCGGGUUCUGAACUGGGACUUCCUCGACGCUUAUGAGAACUCCAGCUCCCCCGAGUUUGCCAUCCUCGCCAAGAAGGUGAAGAGCACGGUGGAGGAGAUCUACAGGAGUCAUGCAGAUAUUGGUCCUUACCACAAGGAGACAGUAAUAACUGCAUUCAGUGAAGGCAGUGUCAUUGCCUACUACUGGUCAGAGUUCCUUGUCCCCAAGUACCGGGAGAAGGAUCUCGACAAGGCUAUGGCUGACAAGCAGAGCUUGAUCCAGAGGCUGAACCCCCGGCUACGAAACCCCGUGUUGAAGGUGGAGUCGGUCAUCGCUUUCCCUGUUGACCCCAACAUAGCUCGUUCCUCACGGGACAAUAGCUGCAUUUUUGCCCUCCAUGCCAAGGAAGGGGAGAUCACCAGUUUCACCACACCGGGGUUCCCCGACAGCCCAUAUCCUAACAAUGCUCUCUGCUAUUGGACACUGAGAGCUGAUGCCAACUUCAUCAUCAGCCUGACCUUCAAGACUCUGGAACUGGAGCAGUGCACAGAUGGGAGUGACUACAUCAAGGUGUACAACUCUCUGAGCCCUGUGGAGCACCAUGCUGUAGUGAGGCUCUGUGGGAAUUACGCCCCUUCCUACAACCUGACCUUCCUGUCCUCCCAGAACGUCAUGCUUGUCACAUUGGUUACCAACAAGGAGGGGAGAUUCCCUGGCUUUAAGGCUGAGUUCUUCCAGCUUCCAAAGAUGAAAGUCUGCGGUGGGACUCUGAAAGGAGAGAGUGGCACCUUCACCACUCCCUAUUACCCGGCACACUACCCGCCUGCCAUGGAUUGUGUCUGGAACAUAGAGGUCCCCUCUAAAAGGAAUGUGAAGGUGCGUUUCAACAUGUUCUUUGUACUGGAGCCCGGGAUCCCAGUCAGCUCCUGCACCAAGGACUACGUGGAGGUCAACAGCACGAGGUACUGCGGGGAGCGUUCCCAGUUUGUAGUGGCCAGUACUACCAGUAAAAUACAGGUCCGCUUCCACUCAGACCAGUCCUACACAGACACCGGCUUCUCUGCUGAGUACCUGUCCUACGACUCCAGCGAUCCCUGCCCUGGCAAGUUUGCCUGCAACACUGGCCGCUGCAUUGACAGAACCAUGCGCUGCGACGGGUGGCUGGACUGCAUAGAUGGCAGCGAUGAGAGAUCCUGCACCUGUACUGACCAGCAGUUCAGGUGCCAGAACGGCUGGUGCAAGCCGAAGUUCUGGGUCUGCGAUAACGUGAAUGACUGCGGCGACAACAGCGACGAGCUUCAGUGCAGUUGCACGGAUGACAGCUUCAAGUGCGGCAACGGGAAAUGCAUCCCCAACACACAGAAGUGUGACGGCAAGGAUGACUGCGGAGACGGGAGCGAUGAGGACAGCUGUAGCAGGGCCCCCGUGACAGUCUCCUGCAAGGAGUACACGUACAAGUGCCGCAACGGGCACUGCAUCAGCAAGCAGAACCCAGAGUGUGACGGGGAGAAGGACUGCCAAGACAAUUCUGAUGAGGACAACUGCAACUGCGGGAUCCGCUCCUACACUAAGAAGUCACGGAUCGUCGGUGGGCAGAACUCGGACGUGGGCGAAUGGCCGUGGCAGGUCAGCCUCCACGUCAAGGGCCAGGGCCACAUCUGCGGCGCCUCGCUGAUCUCCGAGCGCUGGCUGGUGUCCGCAGCGCAUUGCUUCGGGUACCUGCAAGGCAUCAGUUACUCGAACUCCAAGCUGUGGACGGCCUACCUGGGACUGACCGACCAACGCAACCGCAACGAUGCCAACGUGCAAGCACGAGCGAUCAAGCGCAUCAUCUCCCACCCCAACUUCAAUGACUACACCUUUGACUAUGAUAUUGCUGUCAUGGAGCUGCAAGAGCCUGUCACCUUCUCCUCCGUUGUCCAGCCCAUCUGCCUGCCUGAUUCCACCCACAACUUCCCUGCUGGCAAGGACCUGUGGGUGACUGGAUGGGGAGCGACUGUGGAAGGAGGCAGCGGUGCCACCACGUUGCAGAAAGCAGAAAUCCGGUUGAUCAACCAGACCGUGUGCAACGAGCUGCUGUCUGGCCAGCUGACGCCACGCAUGAUGUGUGUGGGGAUCCUGACGGGUGGCGUGGACGCUUGCCAGGGAGACUCUGGAGGGCCGCUGGUCAGCGUAGAAGCCAGUAAUCGGAUGUUCCUGGCUGGCGUCGUGAGCUGGGGCGACGGCUGCGCGCAGAGACAAAAGCCUGGCGUCUACACCCGGCUCACCAAGCUGCGCCCGUGGCUCAAAGAGCAGACAGGCCUCUAGGAGCACGCUCAUCCUCACAUGGACGCGUGAGUCUUGCACGCUGCGGGCUGAGGCUGCCCAGGCUGUGAAGAAGGGACACCUCGUGUGCAGCGAAGCACAGAGAGCUGCCUCCAAUGUGAACUUCAACCCUCCCUCUACCUCGCCGCAAGC